UUAUUUCCCGGGAUGUUGUUGGGCUUUGGAAAAUUUUCUAUUGUUUUUUGUGGUUAAUGUAACGCUAUUAUUUUUCUGUUUUUCCAUAGUUAUGGAAAGUUGGUUAAAAUAGGAAGGCUCUUGUUUUUUGAAGUAAGGUAACAUUUUUAUUUACUAGCUGUAAGUUUUUAUAGGCUGGUUCUGUUUAUGAACGGUUCUCAUCAAAAGGGAGCUCGAUUGAUUAUAGAAUUAUUUAGACUGCAUGUUUCUCUCUUCAAAGAUCAGAGUUCAUACAAAACAGUUAAUUGCUGGAAAUGUCACAGCUUUCGAAAAGGUCACGAUAAUGCCGUGUUCAAAGUUUCGCAUAUUCAUUCAAAACGUGACUUUGCUGUUGAGUCAUAGCACUCGCUUCUUGUUUUACUACACACCACUUUUGAUAGAGUGUCGCUUUGCUUAUUCCCUAUUUCUGGCACUUCCUCUAUUGUAGAUAAGCUGUGAAGUGUGUCAACAGCCAGCUGGUGGGCAUAGACUGACUGGGGCUCAGGCUGGCUUUUUAGAGAGCAGCUAGCACAGACGGAGCAGAGCACAAAGACGCAGAUUUUUCAGGCUGGCUUGCUCGUCUUUCAAAUGAGCACCCUGUGGGCGGAGCUAGCGAUGGGAACUACUACAUUGCUGGAAUGUUUUGCUUGCUCUCGGCGAGUGCGUUGGCUACCACGCCCUCUUCGCCUUGUGAGACCUUUUCAGCCAAUCCGCUGUUACCCUGAGACUGCGCCACCUCACUGCCAAUUCCCUCGCAUCAAUGGUCACUCGAAAUCAGAGCGCACUGCAAGGGACUCGGCCAUGGGUUACGACAGUGCCUCAGUAAUGAGCAGUGAGCUGGAGUCCAGCUCAUUUGUCGACAGUGAGGAAGAUGAGGAUGCUAGCAGGCUCAGUAGUUCCACAGAACAGAGUUCAUCUUCACAGCUGAUGCGCAGACACAAACGGCGCAGACGGAGGCACAAAGUGGCAAAGAUCGACCGGUCGUCAUCUUUCAGCAGUAUCACAGACUCCACGAUGAGCCUAAAUAUUAUCACAGUCACGCUAAACAUGGAAAAAUACAACUUCCUUGGUAUCAGUAUUGUCGGUCAGAGUAAUGACCGGGGGGACGGCGGUAUUUACAUCGGCUCUAUCAUGAAGGGAGGAGCUGUAGCUGCUGAUGGCAGAAUAGAACCUGGAGACAUGCUACUACAGGUGAAUGACGUCAACUUUGAGAACAUGAGCAAUGAUGACGCUGUGAGGAUCCUAAGAGAGAUUGUUUCCAAAACUGGUCCCAUUAGUCUUACUGUUGCCAAAUGUUGGGACCCAUCUCCCCGAAGCUACUUCACCAUCCCUCGUGCUGAGCCAGUGAGACCCAUUGAUCCUGCGGCCUGGAUUUCACACACCACAGCCCUAACGGCGCCUUACCCUCACUAUGAGUUUGAUGACUUGCCUCUGUCUGUAAGUAAAACAGAUAUGGCAACUAUUGUCAAAGUGAUGCAGUUACCUGAUUCUGGCCUAGAGAUUCGAGACAGGAUGUGGUUGAAGAUCACCAUUUCAAAUGCUGUUAUAGGUGCUGAUGUAGUGGACUGGCUGUACUCCAGAGUGGAAGGAUUCAAGGAUAGGCGUGAUGCGAGGAAGUACGCGAGCAGUCUGUUGAAGCAUGGUUACUUGAGACACACUGUCAAUAAGAUCACCUUCUCUGAACAGUGCUACUAUACCUUUGGGGACCUCUGCCAAAACAUGGCCUCACUCAAUUUGAAUGAAGGAUCCAGCGGUGGAGGUUCUGAGCAGGACACUUUGGCACCACUACCUCCCACUAGCAACCCCUGGCCUCUGGGCGGGCAGCCAUUCCCCUACCCUCCUUUCCCCACUGCACCCCCGAGCUUUCCGCCAGGAUACUCAGACCCAUGCCACAGUUUCCACAGUGGGAGCGCAGGCAGCCAACAUAGCGAGGGAAGCCGAAGCAGUGGAUCCAACCCCAGCGCAGGCAAAGGUAGACGCUCGUCCCCACAGGAAAAGGGUCAAAGGUCAACAUGCAGUGAAUCAGAGCCAGGAAUCCGCGGAGGGCGGCGUGGCGACAGAUCUGCCAGUCAAAUGAGCCAUCACAGCCACGCCAUCUCUAGCCAAAGCCACGCAAGGUCAAGUCUCAGCCACAGUCAUUCACACAGGAGCCACCCUGUCUCGCAGAACAACCACCCCCCGUUCACCUACAGCCACGCCGCCUUUACUCAGCCAGGUCCAGGCUCCUGUGCCCAGAGCGAGCGAAGCCAUGCCUCUUCCUACGGCCCCCCAGGCUUGCCUCCCCCUUAUUGUCUGGCCCGUCUGGCCCCCAAGACCUCAUUCAACAGUAGCACGCCCCCUGGAGCCCCACCUGGGAGAGAGUUAGCAGCCGUUCCUCCUGAGCUCACCGCCAGUCGCCAGUCCUUCCAGCAUGCUAUGGGCAAUCCCUGUGAGUUCUUUGUUGACAUCAUGUGACAGAACAGUGCCUUUUAAACUCAGUGAGCACAAAACAGUUCUCCCUGAUCCCUUUCAACCCUGUUCUCCUUUUUCCUCUCAGUCUUUUGACCAUCUCUAAACUUCAGAAUGUAGACACUGACUGGCCCUCUCCACAGCCCCCUGCUGUCUGUCUGUCCCUCUGAUGUCCAAGCAAAGGAAUACAGGCAGCAAGAGCACAACAGGAGGAGUCCUCUCGCACACAAGCAGGGGUCCUCUGGCUGAAAACCCUCUUUUGUAUUGACGUGACGUGUACAGUUUGUGAAACGUGAGUGGUAUUCAGUGUACUGAUUUCUGUAAAGAUGCCAUGCAGACAUUUUUGGGAGUGUGUACUCUACCUAGGAUAUUUUCUGUUCUGCGCCUUUAAGCUGGCUGGGCCUGGAUCUCAAUCCCCCAGACCCAGGCCAAUAACUAUGGCCUAGGAAGCUUUUUCUGGGCAUAAAACUCGGACUGGAACACCUAACUCAUAUGUGUGUAUAAUGCUACAGUUUAGCACAUUACACCAAACCUCUGGCCCCACUCCCCUUAUGUCGAGGCGCUGCCACUGGCGUAUUUAAGCUCUUACCCGCCAACUACUAAUAACGCUAACCUUGAUCAGUUCACAAUCCGAGGAUUUCCUUAGCUUCAUAAGGGAGACCCUGUAGCCAGCCUUUAGUUUGACUAGGCUGCAUAUUGCAUGACUGUCUCAGCUGCUUUAAAGAAAACGUAUUCAUUCAUUUUGUUUAAAGUAUUACCGUUAUUGGGGGGAGGAGGUUACCUCUUUCCAAUGUUCUAAAGGAAGAAUCCAUACACUGGAAAAUUUUCGUGAUGUUAUUUAUGUGAUCAUUUUGCAUUGAUGGUGUCAUACUUUGUCUACUACGAAUGACUGACCGACAAUCAGGCAUCACUCUUUAUGAAACAGUGGCCAUUUCUCAAUGUCCUAGGUGUGCUUUGUCGAAUGUAUCAUUGUUUCUGUCAGCGAUUAAACCCUGACACCCAUAACACUUAGUUUAAACAUGUUUAAAGAUCAGCAGGAUUGCAAACUUUGGACACUCACCACAGCAAACUGUGAAAGCAAACUCAAAAAGGUUGAUUAGAUAAAGUAGUUUGACAAAAGCAUCAGGCUUGUCUCCUUCAGUUGUGGACUUUGUUGAAAAGUCAGUGUGUUAAAAGCCAAAGACUCACAUUGUUGUGUGGACAUGGCUCUUCAUACUGUUGAAGCUGUCACUUCUAGUUGUUGUGUUCAGAGUGACUUCAAGGGGAAUCCUGGCUUUCAGAUGGUGAUCUCCUUGCAAAACAAUGGCAAAUCCCUGUUGUAUCUACCUAGAAUAUAGUUACAAUAGGGAAAUAACACACACACUAGUUUUAUGAGCACUUUCCCAUUUUGUCCUUCCCUCCCUUUAGUAUGAAACACUGUUUGCAAUCAAAGCUUUCUCUUUAAUUUUGUUUCUCGAAAAAAGAAGAAUAAAUUGUACAUAGAAAUUUAUUAUAUAUAUGAAUAAAAAUAUAUAUGUUCAAAACACUGUCUUCAUUUUUCACCUCACCUGGAGACUGAGUGAAAUGCCACUAGGUGGAGACAUUGUUUUGUGUGUAUUAUUGUACAAACUAUACAUUUGACAGAUAAAAUGAUAAAAAUGCGAUUUGAAAAUGUGCUUAAUGUGCUGUUGCCUGUUUUAAUUAGAAAGCAGAGCUUAAAACAUGCGUUUCAAAUGUAUGACACAGUCUCGUGGGUGGUUAGUGUUCAUGACCGGCCUGUGGUCAGCAAAGCAGUCGCCUGAAGUCGAGACAUCCAUUUACAAUUAUAGCAGAGAUGGGUUAAUAUGUUGCAACAAAGUUUUAAUGUUGGUUUUGACACUUGACAGUUAACACCCCUGAGUGGAGUUUCCAGUACACCAACUACGUGUACUUUCCCAGUGGGCUGGUGUUACUUGUAAAACGGCUAUACAACAACAAGCCGACUAUAUAGUACAGACCCCCAUCUACUCGACCCACAACCACAGCCGCGGUUGCUGAGUGACGUCACACACCUACAUCUAUGGUGGGUGUGUAAUAAAAAUGCUCGUCGGGAAGGAAGUGCUGUGUAGGCAGAAUAAGUUACUCUACUAGAACUGCAGCCCCCAGAAGAGCGCAAUGACCUGUAAUCGUCUUCGUGCUGUUUGAAAUACAGGCCAAUGGGUAAAGUGAAAACGUGUAGUCCCACAUUAACAAAGCCUUCUGCCAUGACAGUUCCAGGUUGACUGUGACUCUGAAGCUUAUAUCAGCCUACAUGCAAAUAUGAGCGCACACUCAUUUACCAGCAGAUUGUGUUGCUAAACUCCUUACCGAACAGCCCUGAAGUAUUUCCCGAGCCACUAUGUUAAUUUGUGAUGGGGUUUUACUGUGCUUCAUUGCUGAAUUUUUUAAAGAGGAGGCUGAGGAGUAAAUGUGGGAAGGGUUUCUUAGGGUGCGUUGGCAGAUGAGGUACAAACGCAGUCUCACAACACGCGCGCACUUUGAGGUGACGACGCAAUCGGUCGAGUGUGAUGCAUUAGAAAGUCAAAGGCAUCGCCUGCGAAUGUCACGAAGUAUCAUAUGAUAGUGAGAUGUUACAAUCAUGACUCAGCAGACAAACGUUAUGUGCAUGUAUUUAUUUGGUUCGUUUUUCCCCCUCUGCACUUUUAAAUUGAAAGUGUGAAUUUAAGCAUGAAGACGAGCUAGAACAUCCCCAGACAACCUGUAAUCACCUGACACCUCAUCAUUUGUCAGCAAAUUUCAAGUGUUUUCCCAAACUCACACCACUUACUGUAAGGAAACUGUUCCUUUUUCAAAGGAAGUACAUGCUGCUGAGUUUGGGAAGCGCUAUACACAAUUGAUCAAAGGCACCUGAACAAAUAAAGGUCACUUUUAAAAGCACCACUUUCAUUUUAGAAGAAAUAUUCUUACAACACUUUUAAUUUCAUUUCAUUCUACCGGUUUUCCCUCUUUGCUUGGGAGACCCUGGGUAUUUGCCACGUGUGGUGGCUAAUACAAGUGUUAGCCACCAGACACAUACUGAUCUUCUGAAGAGUCUGUGAGGGGGGAAUUUCGAGACAUUUUCAGUGCCCUUUAAAUAAACUUAUGAUUCUGGGCAUGAUGUCUUGUCCUAUGACUCAUCUGUUAAAUAACAAUGACGCGUUCUCUGUUGUGAAUAAAAUCGUAUUUUAACAAUUGUUUACUUAAAUUAAAAAAAGUUUUAUGCUGUACAUUUUCUUUAAUUUCACCUCAAUUUUGCAUUUCUUCAGUGUAUAUUGUAUGUGAUGCUAUGACUCCCACGAGGAAGACUAUGGUAUUGUCAUCCUUAAGCUUUGUUUAUAAAACCAUAUAGACAAAAUAAAGUCCAGGAGAUU